AUGGGCCGUGCGACAGCUGCAGCAGAUGCAGAUGCAGAGGGCAGCAGAGAAGAAUUUUUGGAUGAUGUCCGUCGUUGCCUUGACAUUGCCCUGCUGAAGCUCGAUUGGAAAUCGAUUCGGACAUCCGAGGCGAAGGAUUUGGUAAAGAUCGAUGCAACCUCGGCCGCCCAAGGAGGAGUGUAUGAGCGAAUUGUGCUGAAUUUUGAAAUGGUGGUUCAUUUCAUUGUGAAGUACGUUACGGCACUGAAAGCUGGAUUUAUGAAGCUGAAUGACGAGCGCGGCCUCCUCGUGGCAGGGACGAUCGUUGAAAAGAAAGGCAUUAGACACAAGGCAGUACGUUCCAAUGGCAAAGGAGCAUCCUCCGUGAGCUUGGACUCGCAGCCGCCGGAGGAGGACAGUGAUGAGGAGGAGGCCGCCGACACUGGCGAUCAUGAUGAUGAUGAUGAUGAGGAAAUGGACGAUCCUGAUCAGGAGCCAGAGAUUCCUACAAAGGCAAAUGGAAAGCUGAAGAAGCAGGAACCAGAGAUUACAAAGGCAGAUGCAAAGCUGAAGCAGCAGGAACCAGAGGUUACAAAGGCAGAUGCAAAGCUGAAGCAGCAGGAGGGUAACGCAAAGCUUGCAGCCGACGCAAUUCCUCCACCGGGUGGAGCUCUUCAGGCACAGCUCGAAGCGAUGGGCAUGCCUGUGGAAGAAAGUGUCCUUCUGCUGCAGCGACAGCGAGAGUUGAAAGCCAAGAGUCGCUUGGAAAAGGCAUCGAAACAGAUGGCCAAGGGCCGAGGAAAGGCAAAGACCAAGGCCAAGGCAGCAAAGCAGCAGGAGAUCAAGGAGCCAGCUGAAAAGGAGGAGAUCGAGGAGCCAGCUGAAAAGGAGGAGAUGAAGGAGCCAGCUGAAAAGGAGGGGAUGGAAGAGCCAGCUCAAGAAAACGAACCGGAGCAGGAGGAUGAGGAGCCAAAGGCGAAAAAGAGGAAGAGCCAGGCCCAGUUCGUCGUUGCGGAUGUUAUGGCCGAGCUGCGAGAGAUUGGAAAUCACCACAGAUUCCCGAUGCCCGAUCCAGAGCAGCAGAAGCGGAAGUGCUAUACGAUCAGGGAUCCGGCGACGCAGGGCUGCAGCAGCAUCUCACGGAUGGCAAAUCAAUAUGGGUUCUAUGUGCCUACCGUAUCUCUGGACCAUUUGGUGCGAGACUAUGCAAAAAUCUACGGUGUCUCAGCCACUGCUCUGCAUGAUCAGUUUGCAAUGGUGAAUAAAAGCGGUGGCUCCAACUUGAGCUUUCGCAAGUUUGGGCCCGUCACCGCCUGGAAGCUAGCACUGUUGUUUGCCGGGUGGGUGCAGCCGCCACGGCCGGGUCCCAACAUGAAAGAUGAGAGUGCUGUGAUGCAGGCGGUUCAACGCCUUGAGAUGCCAAAGCCGUUUUGA